AUGGGUACAGUAUUGGCGUCUGAAAUAAUGGCGCUGCGAAUUCUUUUACCAGCAUCAUGGCAUGCACCAGUCAACAUAUUGUAUAUUUUACUUGUCAAUACCUUUUUAUGUCAUUAUUUGUUAUGGUCAUUGAUGGAGUUUUCUCUGGUUAAUAUUGAACAUGAAAUUCUCGAAAUUCCAACUUUCAGCAGUUUGCCAACAAGUAGUUGUAUGCUGAUCACGUUGUUGGGAUUCGGCCAUUGGAAGAAACAUAUGUCUUUACUGACGUGUGUUAUAGGUGUGCCUACCCUAUGGCUUUUCUGCAGAUAUAAGCCACAAGAGCAUCUUGAAAGUCUUUGGAAUUCAAUCAUAGACAUAUGCACUGGUAUCCUACUAAUUCUCUUUCCUGCUUUAAAUUACGUCUAUUACUUUGCCGGUGGUGAAGAGCCAUUGUUAAAAUCCUUGGCAGAAAUUCUGUUUCUAAUCACAACAACGAAUGUGUUAUUAUCACAACUUCAUAUCCGAAAUGUGUUUACGCCUAAAAACAGCUUUUAUAAGCGGAUUUUCAAUGUGAUUCCUGUGGUUAGUGGAAUUAUUCUGUUGAUGUUUCACACAGAUUUUCUAGGCGUAUUAUUCAACACGCCUGAUUAUCUGGCGACAUUUUUUGUGCAUUUCCUCUUCUUUUUUAUCCUGAUAUCUGUGACAUACAUACGAUUGCAUCAUCAAACUAUUCAAAAACAAUAUGUUUUAAAGUGUAUCUCCCUCAUAUUAUUAUUCCUAAUGAUCGUUUUAUAUUGGAAUAAACUUUCAAAAACCUUGAGGAUUUCUCAACAUCCCCUUUGGAAUAGAAGACUUAUGAAUCAGUUGUUUUGGAGUAGUGUUAUUUGUCUUAUAUCUUCGAUAUCUACUCUGUUCGCCUACGAAUAUGGAAAUCAAGAGUUAUUUGAUUUAGUCCUAGGCGUUUGCUUUUACGUCUUUCAUUAUUCUGAAUGGUGCUUAUAUAUGACGGUUAGCAUUUCGGAAUCUUGGUUAUUCGUUUCUUCACUAAUCAGUAUUGCAUUUGUAUUUUUAUUGUUUGCAAUCAUAAAAGGAAGUAGCGUGAGGAAUAGCUCAUUUUAUGUCUUCAGUCGGAGAUCUAAAAUUCAGCUAUUCAAUUGGCACGUCUUUUCUGCGUGCUGUUUGGUGCCAGCAUUAUUGAAACUUGUUUUACUCUGGAUAAAUAGGUAUAUCACCGAUUCUUCUCAGCAGAAUACAAUGGAUCACCGUGCCUAUUUUGAGAAGGGUUUUGUGCUGGGAUUGUAUUUAAUUAUUCUGGGAUUUGUUUGCAUUGAAAGAAUACACCUUUUUGCAAAAGAACUGACCGCCUGGUUAUUGAAAUUUCCGUUACUGACCUCAUAUUUCAGACAGAAUCAUAUAAUCAUUGAGUCAGUCACUUUACUGGCUUACUUUCAUUGUGCUGUCAAAUUAGUUUGGCCUCAGGUUCUCAUACUACUAAUGCAUUCACAAACGGAAAUGUCUGUAACUUCAUAUACACACAUAUUGAUCCAGUUAUCUACUUCAUGUCUGAUGACCAGCUUAGCUCAAGUUCUACCGUCUCUGUUUCGUAUAAAUUGGUCUAAUGCUGAAAUGUCUACGCAUAGUCGUUGUCUUGGCAAACUUGGCUUUUUACUAUUAAUGUGGUUUGUUAAUUCAAGACAGUUAGAUCUAACUUUGUCUGGAGUGCUUAUUUACGUCGCAGCUAUGCCAACUGUCAUUUUUUGUGCAACUUGGAUCCUUUGUUUUUGCAUCUUCGUAUUUUCUAUGAGAAAAUUCACACUAACUAUCAGCAGUGUCGUCACUUAUCUUCUUGAGAAUGCGAUCGUAACAAUCCUAUUGAUUCUCUCUUGUUCUUUUUGUAUAUUGGUAAUGAUGAAUUUAAUUCCUCCUAAGCUGCCUUCAUUUUUAAUGUUAUCAGUCUACAUAUCAUGUGUAGUCUGUCUUAUUCUUUGGGAUAUAAAUAGUGAUCUACUGGUUAGUCAGUUGUUACACUACCAAUCUAGCAAUCAUCGAAAUCCAGAAAUCAAAAAUCCAAUCACCGUCAUUGAUACUAAUGACUUCAAUGAUGAGUCCUGUACAGAGAAUGAUUCUGAAUCGUUUACAAAUGAAUCAAGUGAAGAUCGUUCGGCUGUUUCGGAGGUGUUUUGUCAUUUGCUAAUAAGGUUAUGCAUGUUGUGCUGUGGAUUAGUAAGUUUACUCGGCUCACUGGCCUACGUGACGUAUUCCAUGGAAUUACCAUCAGAUAAUGUGUGUCAGUUGUAUUCAUUAUUUUCACUGAAAAUUUUUGGCAUAGCACAAAUAUCUGUGGGAUAUCCUCAACGAUGGCUGUGCGACAAGAUACGAUGCCGAUCUUCUCGUCUUUUUAAAGAUGAAUCCAAAGUCUUGCAAUUCAUCUUAACUUGUGUGGUGAACUUAAGUAUUGUUUUAUCAGUUAUCCUCCGUUUUCAAUUCUGUUCAAGUCUUAAAACGGACCUGGAGGUUUUCUUUUUACCAUGGAUUGUAUUCGUUUUUCACGGAAGACUGUUCAACCGUUACCGACAUAUAUUAGCGUUAACUUGCUUUACUAUUUUCUUAGUCUAUUUGAUAUUUCUUAAUUCUCCAGUCGUCAAAGGUUAUUCACCACCCUUACCAACAUUUGAUCGUCAGUUUUUUGGAAAGUCGAAUUCAUCAGUUUAUUAUUGGAGUGAAUUUUUACUGACUGUUGCAUUGAUUCCGCUUCAUAUACUCUUUCUUGCCGAUCAGUUGGAUUUGAGUACACAAUGUUUAGUGAAUGUUAUAUUUUUUAAUUAUUUUGGCCAGUCGCAUAAUCAGCAUUUACCUUCGUCUAUAUGUUUUAAAUGUAUUAAAUUGUAUAUGGCGAAUUGUUUAAGUUGCAUUUUUGCAUAUAUUCUAUGCACUAGUUAUGCUGAAGCAAUUUUCAAAAGUAUUGGAUUCAGUAAAAUGCCUAGUUUAAAUGAUUACGAAGUGUGUAUCGCCGUGAAUCUAGUUGAUCCGAAUGUGCUGCAUACAACCUGGGAUUGCAUAGGUGGUCUAGAUUCUGUUAUCCGUGAAAUUGAAGAAUGUGUACUGCGACCGUUACACGCUGGACGAUCUCUACAAAUUGAUUCGAAACUAUUAAGACCGCCAAAGGGUAUUUUACUUUAUGGACCACCGGGUUGUGGGAAAACAUUACUUGCUCGUGCAAUGGCACGUGCUGCACAGGCUAAUUUUAUUAAUCUACAGAUAGCUACGCUUGUUAAUAUGUGGUAUGGUGAGACACAGAAGUAUGUGGAGGCUACAUUUAGUUUAGCUGAGAAAAUACAGCCAACUAUAAUAUUUAUUGAUGAAUUAGACUCAUUUUUAACUACACGUUCUCAACUCGAUAAUGAAGCAACACGUAUGAUAAAGACUCAGUUCAUGGCUUUAUGGGAUGGAUUGUUAACACAGGAUACCAGUCAAAUUAUAAUUGUAGGCGCAACAAAUAGACCUGGAGACUUAGAUCAAGCAAUAUUACGGCGUUUACCUUAUAAGAUGAAUUUAAUUCCUCCUAAGCUGCCUUCAUUUUUAAUGUUAUCAGUCUACAUAUCAUGUGUAGUCUGUCUUAUUCUUUGGGAUAUAAAUAGUGAUCUACUGGUUAGUCAGUUGUUACACUACCAAUCUAGUAAUCAUCGAAAUCCAGAAAUCAAAAAUCCAAUCACCAUCAUUGAUACUAAUGACUUCAAUGAUGAGUCCUGUACAGAGAAUGCUUCUGAAUCGUUUACAAAUGAAUCAAGUGAAGAUCGUUCGGCUGUUUCGGAGGUGUUUUGUCAUUUGCUAAUAAGGUUAUGCAUGUAA